AUUUGUGGGGGAAAUCUAUCGCAAAUCACCGCCCCACGGUGUUCAACCUCUGGAACAAUAACAGUAAAGUUAACCUGGUAUCGAUCCUCUCCUGGUUCUUGCACUGCGCCAGCAGAGUUCCUGAGAACGUUGUCAAGAUACCGGAGUGCUUGGGGAUGGUGCAGUAAUAUCACCCAGCUUUUGUCCCUACCUCAUCCACUCGCGGCAUGGCCGCCUCUACUGCGUCCUCACUCGCUUCGCUCUUGAAGAACUCGACACUCGAAGACCACGAACGAAUCCUUGAAGCCUGCAACAAGACUCUGAAGGCGUCCAAGGCCGACGUCGAAGCAAAACAUGUCAAAACUGUCGCUCUCCUCAAACUCGACCGAUACGAAGAAGCCGUCAAAUUCAUUCAGAGUGCAGGCGACGAUUUGCGCACAGCGGCGGCGUUAGAGUAUGCUUAUGCACUCUACAAGACAGGUCGCCUACAAGAAGCGGUGGAGACGUCGUCACAAUUGAAGGAGAGGGGCGCCAGGCAUGUCGAGGCCCAAGCGAGAUACCGACUUGAAGAUGCGUUGAAGACCUUGGAGAUAUACGAGCACUUGAGGAGCCUGGGAGGCGGGAAUGAGGAGUUCGAUCUCCGUGUCAAUCGAAGCGCCAUAGACGCACAGGCCCAAUGGCUGGGAGUAGCAGAGUCACAAUCAAUACGAAAAACUGCAAGAGAGGAUCUAGAGGCGUUUGAAACAGCAUACAACGCUGGCUGCGGCAGCAUCGCUCGGGGAGAAUACGCGCAAGCGGAAAUACUGCUCAAGCGAGCAAAGGAGAUCUGCAAGCAUUCCGACGAACUCACAGAUCAACAAAGACGGGAGGAACUCUUACCCAUCUCCGUUCAGCAAUUGUUUGUCCUUUUAUGUCUGGGGAAAAGCACAGAAGCAGAAGAGGUUGCUCGCGAGAUCAAAGCCGAGGAAGCCUUGGAUGCCUCGACUCGCAAGAUUGCACAGAACAAUUUGCUGCUUACUUCUUCCACCGACAACCCUUUCCUGGCAUAUAAAGCAUUUCACACGACGCCUAAAAUCCCUUCAGAAGACAGGCUCUUCUCUUACCAAGACAUCCCUCUGAAAUCCAACAAAACAACGCUCGAUCUCCAAGCACACAAAUUUGACGGUCUGAGUGCGCCGACUACGAAAUCUGAAAGUCAGCACCGACCACUGUCCUUGGUACCAAAUGACCUGCUCUCAUCUUACUCGCAAGCAACAGCGCGCGCGAAGAAUGAAACGAGCAAGGGAGCCAUCAGAAGGAUAUUACCGAUGCUGGAGAGAGCGCCCAACAGCAUCGGCACCAUUAUCACUUUGGUUCAAUUAUACGUGCUUUGUGGCGACAGCACCUCGGCUAUCGAGUUACUAGAAUCCUUCAUCAAGAGGCUGGAAGAGUCCGCCGUAGAAGACGAGCAGGACAUCAGGUUCAAUCCUGUUCUAGUGAGCGUCUUGAUAGGCCUUUACAAACAUCGAGGUCAAAGAGCGCAUGUUAAGCAAGAACUUGCCAAGGCUGCUUCUCACUGGCGAACGCGUUCGAAUCCACCUGCAAGCCUUUUGAGCGCUGCGGGUGUAUCUGUGCUCGAGUCACAAAAUGACGAGGACAUCAAGACGGCAUCCGAGAUCUUCGCCAAGCUCAGGGAACAGCAACCCAAUGAUAAAGCCACAGCAGCUGGAUAUGUCGCUUCACACGUUGAUGUCGAGGACAGCCAGGUUCACCUCGAUACGAACAAAUUGACUACGGUCGAAGACUUGAUUCGUGACGUCGAUGUAACGGCGAUUGAGAAUGCUGGUAUCCCACAAUCGUCAAAUGCACUUGCGAUAGCGCAACUGGGGACAUCGAGGAAGAGAGGCGCUCCAAGUGGGGUGGAGUCGAAGCCGAAAAGAAUCCGCAAGUCCAGAUUACCAAAGGACUAUGAUGAGAACAAGAAGCCGGAUCCAGAACGAUGGCUGCCAAUGAAGGACAGGAGCUAUUAUAGACCCCCGAAGGGCAAGAAGAAAGGCAAGCGAGGGGGAGAAACACAGGGUGGUGUUGUCAACGAAGAUUUGAACGUCGAUGCGAAGCCUGCUGCGACAACAGUGGCCACAGCUUCUGGAGGAAACAAGAAGAAAAAGGGCAAGGGGAAGAAAUGAGGGAAAUCCCAAAUACCCUCUGGGUCGAGAAACGGGCAGAGCAGUGCGAAAGCGCAGAUGUCCAAUGCUCGAUACUACUAGUAGAAACCCCUUUCACAAGACCUUCGUGUCCGGCAGCCCUAUCAUAGUCCUCUCGUCUGUUUGCGAACCCUUCAUGAUGCUAAUUGCACAGGAUCCAAAUAU